AUGAUGGACAAAGACCAAAAGGUCGUCAUCGUUGGCGCUGGCAUAUUCGGCCUCUCAACGGCCUACCAACUCGCGUCCGAGGGUUACCGCAAUGUCGUGGUGCUCGACAGGCACAUGCCGCCCGUACCCGACGGGUCCAGCAACGACAUCUCCCGCAUAGUCCGCUUCGACUAUGCGGACGAGGACUACGUGAGGGUCGCGCACGAGGCGUACCAGCGCUGGCGCAACCUGCCCAAGUACAGGGACAUCUUCCACCCGACUCGCUUCCUGCAGGUCGGCACCAGGUCGUCCUCGGGCGACAACACCUGGGCGGAUAAGACCACCGCGCAGUUGACCAAGCGCGGCCUGCCGUGGAAGAUGCUGAACGACGCGGAUGCAGCGAAGCGCGUGUUCCCGGAAAUCACGGGAGCUAUCACGGAGGGCGAGUUUGUCGGGUAUCACCAUGAGCAGGCCGGGUGGGCCGAUGCGGCCAAGGCGGUGAGCCAACUGCGCGAUGACUGUAUCGAGGCGGGCGUGUCCUUUAUCUGCGGUCCCGAGGGAACUGUAACGGGCUUCGAGAUGGUUACGCGGGAGACUAUCUGGGCUUUGCGGACGGCGGCCGGCACGCUCGUCCAAGGCGAUCACUUUAUCUUGGCCGCAGGGGCCUGGACUACGGGACUUGUCAAUAUGUACAACUCGACCCUCUCAACGGGGCAAGUCGUCGGGUUCGUGCGCCUCACAGACGCCGAGAUGGCAAGAUACAAGGACAACCCGGUUUGCCUCAACUUCAGCACGGGCUGGUUCUGCUUCCCGCCGCACAAGGAUGGCAACUACCUAAAGUUCGCCGUCCACGGCUGGGGAUACACGCGGGCGCCCGGCGAGGACGUGUCCGAGACGUCUCCGGCCUCGCUCCCUCCCACCAAGCCGCGCCGGCAGCGGGCGAAUUUUGUCCCCGCCGACGGCGAGCAGCGGUUACGAGACGGCCUGCGCAUGCUCUUCCCCGAGCUGGCUGACCGGCCGUUCCACAAGGUCGCCAUGUGCUGGUACACUGAUACGCCGACGGGGGAUUUCAUCAUGGGUUACCAUCCUGAGUACAAAAAUCUCUUCAUUGGGGGUGGAGGCAGCGGACAUGCCUUCAAAUUCCUUCCAGUCCUCGGCGAGUACAUGUCCCUUGCGAUUAAGAAGCAGCUCCCGGCAUCUCUGGCGUCCAAGUGGCGUUUCCGCACGGAACAUCAGGGCCAGCGUGAUACCUUUGUGGGAGAUGGUAGCCGGGGAGGGCCUGCGCGGCGGGAACUUGAUGCUGAUGAGAGAGCUAGGCUUGCGAUAGAAGCGCAGGCUAAACUUUGA